UUUUUGUUUUACUGGAAUUUAGAUAAAUGUUAUAAGAUAAAUUGCUAACUCAUAGCCUCCAGCUGAAAAUGUCAAACUGAACUGGUCAAAAGUAAUUUUGUGUUAACCAGUUUUAUUGUGGCUAAUCAUUAAUUGAAUGCGUAGCCUGAGUUGUGUGGGUGGUUCAUUACACUAAUGGUUGAUAACUGAUUCAAGGUAAUCUGCACUCCUCACUGACAUGCUAAGAAGAGUAGCGGCAAAUGUGGCCGUGAAUAGUUGGAAAGGAAAUAUUUUUGAACUUGAUCAUAAGUUAAUCAUGGCACGCCAGCUACAUGCUCGCAGAAUCGAGGGAAUUGACAAAAAUAUAUGGGUUGAUUUUACGCAGCUGGCUGCUGACUACAAGGUGGUAAAUCUAGGCCAGGGCUUUCCUGACUUCUCCCCACCAAGCUACAUCCAAGAGGCCUUCUGCAAAGCAGUCAACGGGGGAUGUUCAAUGCAUCAGUACACACACGCUUUCGGCCAUCCCCCUCUUGUGUCGAUCCUGGCUAAGUUCUUCGGUAAAGUCGUGGGACAUGAGAUUGAUGCUUUCGAGGAGAUCCUGGUCACUGUCGGAGCCUACCAGGCUCUCUUCUGCACCUUUCAAGCCCUGGUCGAUGAAGACGAUGAGGUCAUCAUUAUUGAGCCUUUUUUCGACUGCUAUCAGCCAAUGGUGAAGAUGGCAGGAGGAAAAGGUGUCUAUGUGCCACUGAGGCCAAGAGUGAAGGGGGGCAAGGCCCUGACUAGUGCAGACUGGGUCCUGUCUUCUGAGGAGUUGGCCAGUAAAUUCAACCCACGCACCAAAGCCAUCGUCAUCAACACUCCCAACAAUCCAUUAGGCAAGGUGUAUAAGAGGGAGGAGCUCCAAGUGAUUGCAGACCUGUGUAUAAAGCACGAUGUGGUGUGUAUCAGUGAUGAGGUGUACGAGUGGCUGACUUAUGACGAUGCCAAGCACGUGAAGAUAGCUAGUCUUCCUGGGAUGUGGGAGCGGACUGUCACGAUAGGAAGCGGAGGAAAGAGCUUCAGUGCUACAGGGUGGAAGGUUGGCUGGGCUAUUGGAGCAGGGCCCAUUGUAAGGCACCUGAAGACCGUCCAUCAGAACUCUGUGUACCACUGUGCCACGGCCGCUCAGGAGGCGGUGGCCCAAGGUUUCCAGAGAGAGUACGAGCUCUUUGGGACACCAGAGAGUUACUUCCUGCAGCUGCCUGAGAUGCUGAAUCACAAGAGGAAGAAGCUGGCGACCUGUCUGGAGAGUGUUGGCCUGCAGCCCAUUCUGCCCGAGGGAGGCUACUUCAUGAUUUCAGACAUCUCCUCUCUCAAGGUUGACUUGAAUGAUCCAAGCACUCAGGGUGAACCUCAUGACUACAGAUUUGUCAAGUGGCUCAUUAAAGAGAAGGGUUUGGCCACUAUCCCUGUCUCGGCUUUCUACAGCCCUGAGCACCGCAAGGACUUCCAAAACUACAUUCGGUUCUGCUUCGUCAAGGAGGACUCGACAUUGAACGCUGCUGAGGAUAUCCUCAGAAAGUGGAGUGACGGAAAAUGAACAAAGCACACAGACAACCCUUCCUGUUUUGCCUUUAUCCACCCUAGCUCAACUUAGGUCUGCGCAGUUGAACCGAGCCAUAUUCAACACCUCUUGAUUUGUGUACACUAUGUAGGAAUAGACCUCCGUAGGAGCAAGUUAAGGAAUGUUUUCCUUUGUCAACAUACACUGAGUGUACUGAACAUCUUCCUAAUAUUGAGUUGCACACCUUUUUACCCUCAGAACAGCCUCAGUUUGUUGUGGCAUGGACUCUUAUCCAAAGCGUUCCACAGGGAUGCUGGCCCAUGUUGACUCCAAUGCGUCCCACAGUUGUCAAUUUGGCUGGAUGGCCGUCGGGUGGUGGACCAUUCUUGAUACAUACGGGAAACUGUUGUGUGAAAAACCUAGCAGCGUCGCAGUUCUUGACAAACCGGCACCUACUUCCAUAACCCGUUCAGAGGCACUUAAAUAUUUUGUCUUGCCCAUUAACCCUCUGAAUGGCACAAAUUUUCAAUAGUUCCCACUCCCAGUUCUGAUUGUUCUAGUUGGCUGUUUUACGUUUCGUUUUUUUUCAAACCUGUCCUGAUACGGUAGUAAUCAACCACUUAGAGUAAUCAAAUCCGUCCUGCAUGGAUGUGAUCACCAUCCAGAGUGCACUAUAAUUAUCACAUUACUGUUGAUUUGAAUAUUUUUGUUUAACUGCUCUGAAUGACAUUAAUGCACAUUUAAAAAUGAGACCAAGGGAAAGCUGUGCAUUGAAUAUGCUGUAAGGUUCUAAUUCUCAGAGUAAAAAAAACUCUACGUACACUUAUGGAAGCUUAACCAAGUUGAUUCUGCCCAGAGGGUCAAUACAGCUGCAUUCAGGCAAAAACAUUUUCACACACGCACUGAUAUUUAACCAUUCCCCAUAGGCUGAGUCUCCUCCUACCAUCUAUAUAAACAUCAUUCUUUACUGCUAGGCAGGACACUAGUGAUACGAGCCAUAAACUUCUUUCUCCCUUAAGGUGACUUGACCCCCCCCCCCCCCCCUCCAUCACUAAUCCAUGGUUCUCUCCCCUUAUCAAUGCCUGCCACAUGUAAUCGCUUCCCUGCACUCAACACAUUUCAAGCUGAGUUGCACACACUAUAUACCUUCCUCCUAUAACUACUAACUUCUGGUGUAGACCCUCUAAACCUCAGCACUACAUCAGUGACAUGAAUAAGUAUAUUUCAUAUUCUCAGAACCCAACAAUGUCCUUCAUUCUAAUAGUGAUUUUUGUAUUAUCUUCUGGUGGUCUACUCCUCAAAGAGAAAUUGUCCCAAAGUGUGCUUAUUUGCAUAAUACUGUAUGCUGAUCUUGUAAAAAUAAAGAAUUUUGUAGCAGAUAA